AUGGCCUUGUCUGUGCCAAGCGUCGGCUGCAUGUUUGUCUUCAUGUACGCCCUUAUUUGCCUUUAUGCCUUUUGUGUCUAUGCGUCCCUAAGCCUACAUGUUGAACUGGCCAGUUUGACGAUCAUUUGUCGACGGACCCUCGCCCCUCCCCAUGCCCUGUUCACAAUUUCUGCAAAGGCAGUCCAAGACAGAGCCUUUCUUGCCUCCGAAACUUUUCUCACCUCCUUCAUUCAAUUCGCCAUCGCCCCCUUUCUCAAUGCCCUGACUCUUAAUCCUUAA